AUGAGCGGCCUGUGCAGAGAAGUGCUCACGCUGCAGCUCGGACAUUAUUCUAACUAUGUCGGGACUCACUGGUGGAACUUACAGGACGCCUCUCUGUCCUACGACCCGGACGCUCCUUUGGGGGAGAUCCAGAGCGAUGUGGUGUUCCGUGAAGGACAGACCUCCGGAGGCCACGCCACCUACACUCCACGACUCAUCGCAAUGGACCUCAAAGGGAGUCUUCGAACGCUCCGACAGGAAGGAAGUCUGUACGACCCUGGGAAAGACACAUCUGCAGCGUCAUGGGAGGGAAAUCUCAUGUUGCACAAAGAAAGUCCUCCAUCAAAGAACCCUUUCCUGGAGGAUCUGGACACUAUUGAUAAAGGAGAGAUUUUAGCAGAAUCAGACUCCUCCUUCUCUCCCCCACACUGCUCUGCCGCAGCAGUGACUGUGGACUCGGUGAACACUCAGCUCUCCAAACUUCAGAAAAGCUACAGACUCGAGGGCAGCGUCCGAGUCUGGUCCGACUUCCGGAUCCACCUGCGGAUCCACCUCCACCCGAGAACCAUCUCUGUGCCGAGACCCACGAUAACCACGACGGGUACGUUUACCGGACACAGCCGAGACCCCGACGACGAUAACCACCACGGAGAGGCCCAUCGUCUGGAGGCGUUCGCUCAGGGAGAGUCUCUGCUGCAGGGACCGGUGCUGGAGGAUCUGGAAGACCGUCUGCACUUCUUUGUGGAAGAGUGUGAUUAUCUACAGGUGGGAUUAUCUACAGGUGGGAUUAUCUACAUGUGGGAUUAUCUACAUGUGGGAUUAUCUACAGGUGGGAUUAUCUACAGGCUGAACCGCUUCAAUAAGACGUACGUGAAGCGCUGCCUGAUCGCGGGGGAUCGUUCCACGGAGCCUCAGCUCAUCUCCUUCUACAACAAGAUGGAGCUGAAACAGGCCAUGAUGCUGGUGGAGAGCGGGAGCACGGCCCGACUGCCCUCACUGGUCUCAGCCGUGUCUCUGCAGAACCUUCAGCCGAAGGACUCGUCUCAGAAAAGAGCCAUUCCGAGCGUCUCCAAGAAGCGGGAGCAGGAGAUCCGGAAGGUUCUGCGAGCGAAUCUGCAGAAGACCCGGCAGAGGCUGCGGUCGUACAGUCGCCACGACCUGAUGAUCGACCCGUUUGAGGACAACGUCAGUGAGGUCCGCUUCAGGAAGCAGAGAGUGGAGAUGGAGCGACGGAUGAGUCAUUAUCUGACAGUUCCAGCGAAACCCCAAGAACGACCUUCAGUGAGAAAGGUCAACUUUGAACCGGAGCACAAAGUUUACACGUACGACGAGACGGAGAGUCCCAACAGGAGCCAGUCUGUGGGCGGCUCCAGCGACACGUCACGACCGACCAAUCAGAGGGCCGCACCAAAGAGACCAACCAAUCAGAGCACAGAAGAGGAGCCUGGUCUCUCUAUGUCCCGCCUCCCCAGAGACCCAGGCCCCGAGGACGACGCAGACGAUGCAUUUUCACCGUAG